GCCGUUACCAUUAUGCGUUUCCCACCUUCCCAUCAACUCUACCGCCUCUUCUCCUCUUCUUCCACCUCUGCAGCCGCCGCCGCCUCUGUCCACCUCCCUUCCGCCUUCCCCGCGGCUGAUCCAUCUACCACUCUCGACCUUGAUACCAUCUUAGAAACCCUCACUAGCUACGCCAGUGACUGGCAGCGGGCCCUCGAUUUCUUCCACUGGUCCUCCGCCGCCGCCGCCGCGGGCGGCCCCACCCACACUGCCGCCGCUCUUUCCCGGACCAUCGAUAUCCUCGGCAAGCACUUCGAGUUCCCCCUCGCUUGGAGCCUCCUCUCCUCUCACCCCCUCUCCCCUCCCGACCUCCUCCGCCCCUCGUUCCGCGCCCUUUUCAACCGCCUUGCCGCCGCGCACCUCGUUGACGAUGCCCUUACCGCCUUCGACCGCGCCGCCGCCGAACACGGCCUCCGUGAUCGUGUUACCUUCCACCUCCUCGUCGAUGCCCUCUGCGACCACCGCCAUGCGGCCGAGGCCGAGGAGAUCUGCCUCCGUUCCAAAACGCCGCCUUUCCCACCCGACACCAAGACUUACAAUCUCCUCCUCCGGGGAUGGCUCAAGAUGGGAUGGUGGAGCAAGUGCCGCGAGUUCUGGGAGGAGAUGGAUCGGAAAGGGGUGGAGAAGGACCUCCAUUCAUACUCCAUCUACAUGGAUAUCCUCUCCAAGGCUGGGAAACCGUGGAAGGCUGUCAAAUUAUACAAAGAGAUGAAGAAAAAAGGGUUCCUUUUAGACGUCGUUGCGUAUAACACAGUUAUCCAGGCGAUUGGGCUUUCACAAGGUGUCGAUUUCUCAGUUAGAAUGUACAGGGAGAUGCUUGAUUCUGGUUGCAAGCCCAACGUUGCGACCUUCAACACGAUCAUAAAGUUGCUGUGCCAGGAAGGGAGGUUCAGGGAGGGGUAUGCUUUUGUUGAUCAGAUGAGGAAAAUGGGUUGUGAACCAAAUGCGAUGACUUACCACUGCUUCUUUCAGAAUCUGAGUAGGCCACAGGAGAUUCUUGGGCUGUUUGAUAAGAUGAUAAGGAGUGGUUGCCGGCCGAAGAUGGAUACCUAUGUGAUGCUGAUGAGCAAGUUUGGAAGGUGGGGGUUUCUCAGGCCGGUGUUUAUGAUUUGGAACUCAAUGUUGGAGCAUGGCUGUAGCCCGGAUGCAUUUGCUUAUAAUGCAUUGAUUGAUGCAUUAUUGCAGAAGGGGAUGGUUGACAUGGCUCGGAAAUACGAUGAGGAGAUGGUGGCAAAGGGGCUCUCACCAAAGCCAAGGAAAGUGUUGGGGACCAACGGGCCGGGUAUGCAGGCUGAUGAUGAUCCUGAUGAUGUAACUCAUGUCUUUUGAGGGCACAAAUAAAAGAGAGUUCAGGCGCAUAAUGCAUGGCAUUCUUAUUUAUGAUUGACCUCAUGGAUGAGAACUUGCGUCUGAUAAUUAUUGAUGCGCCUAUGUUAUUCAAAAAAAAUUCAGAGGUGUUUGCACAGUUACAAAAAAUUUGGAUAUGCUAUAAUACUUGAGGUCAUCAAAAUAGAAGGUCAUAAUUGGAUGUAUUAUUGUAGAAGCAGGAAUUAACAGCUGGAUACUCCAAUUACCCAGAAAGCUACUGUCUUGUAUGUGUUGCUUAGAUUCAGUGUUUAAGUUUUUCUUAUAAUACUUGAAUAUUCCUUCUUAAUCAUAGUUUUUCUUC